AUGAAAAACGAACAAUCGCCAUCAAUGCCACCUCAAAAUGCUGUUGAUGACUACCCACCACCCCCUCCCGGUAGCAACUUACCACCGCCACCAGCUUCAUCACCCCCAGCUGGUAGAAAAUCCCCUUUGAGUCGUGAAAGAUCUAUGUCACCACUUCCUCAUCGUUCCUCUAGCAGAGACAGAUACUAUGACGAAAGACGCUCUUAUCGUGAUGACGAUCGUUAUGGCCAUAGCAGAGGCGGUAGAGACAGAUACGAUGCCCCUCGACGCGACUACUACGAGGGGGGCAGAGGAGACCGCUUCGAUAGAGGAGGUGGCAGAUAUGACCGUUACGAUAGAUACGAUCAUAGAGACCGUUAUGAUCGCAGAGACCGUUACGACCGUUAUGACGACAGAAGAGGACGCUAUCCACCUAGAAGUAGACCUAGAAGACCAGUUGAGAGAGGAACUGCUGAAGAUAGAAAGAAUGCCACUACUAUUUAUGCAGGAAAUCUUCCUUAUGACUUCAAUGAACGUGAUGUUGCUACUAUGUUUGAACGUUAUGGUCGUUUGAAAUCAGUUACUAUUCCUUUAGAUCGAAAUACCAACAAGAACAAAGGAUUUGCCUUCGUUGAAUUUGAAGAUCGUCGCGAUGCUGAAGACGCUUUCGAAAAGUUCGAUGGUUUCAGCGUAGAAGGACGUCGUUUAAGACUUGACUGGGAUAUUGGUCUCCAGAAGAAGGAUCCUGGACAGGGUAGUAGACGAUUCGGAGGCAACGCUCCUGGUGCUCCUCCUAUGGACGACCGUGACCGUGGCUUAAGUGAUCCUUAUGCUGCUCCCCCUCCCCCACCUCCUCCAUUGGAUUCACGUGGAUAUAGACGUAGCUCACCAGAACCCUACCGUCGAUAA